AUGUCUCGUCCUCACCCAGAUAUUCCUGAGGAGUUGAACCCCUCGUGUCUGAAGAUUUGCUUUGGCGAGGAUGAGCAGAUCCCUUCGCUUUCCUGGGACCCUACCACAUUUCUUGGGCCUCAGACUGACGACCCCAAUUCCAACACUGGCGAGCUGCUCCAGGCUGUGACUUACAACCCCAAUUUCGUUCCCCAACCAAAGUUCAACUCGCUCUACCGCAACUUGUCUGGUAUUCAGGUUGACCCCUCUAAGAUCAAUGUUCCGUCUGCCUCCUUCGGGCAAGCACAAUUCGGUCUCAAUACUAGGCCGCUUUCUCACGUCGCUCCCCAUGAUAAUAUUAUGACGAGUCGCGGUGGUUUCCAGAUUGAUACUAGUUCCAUCUCCAACGAGCAGCUUGAUCGUCACCUUGAGGCUAUCAUCAACGACGGUCUCACCGUCCCUUCUAUCUCCAACGAACAGCUUGAACGUCACAUCGAGCGUUAUAUCAACGACGUUGGCAGCGGCUCUGCUGACUAUGAUGACGGCUACAGCCCUAUUGUUGGCCCCAUGUCCACCCACGUCAACCACCCUGCUAUGCGCUUUGGUGACAUGUCGAUGACUCAGUUCAACCCUCAUUUGACGUUGUCUCAUGCUACCACUAGCAGUCCCCCCAUGGCCCACGUUCUCUCAUUCGAUUCACCUCAGUUCCAUCAUAUCCCUGGUCUUACCAAUUUGCUCUCAUCUGCAAAGGCCUGCGUGGACCGCAUGCUAGACACUUCUAGUGGGGCCGUUGGUCGUUUCCCUACUUGGGCUCUCUUCUGGCAGAGUGUCAUGAUCAAGCACCAUCUUUACAAACGUUUCACUGGAAACUCUUUCGGCACUGUUUCGAGUGUCGUUGCUGAGACUGGUGACAGUUCUAUGAGUGAUGUUGCUGAGGCCAGUGACUCUUCUAUGAGUGAUACUGCUGUGACCACUACUCACAAGGAUAUAUUUGGUACCAAUGGCGGUCGGGGCGUGCUGGGCGUUCCUACUCCCACUUCCGCAACCCCAACCACCACCGGCCGUUUCAGUUCAAUGAUCUCCCGUCGCCUUAAGCGCAAGCAUGAAGACUAUGACUCGAAUUCGCCCGCAAAGCGUGCUACUUUUACUGUUCCUGUUACUUCCCCACUCAUUCCUGAGUUUCAGGACAAUAUCUUUUGUCAGCUCGAGCAUAUGCUCAACAUUUCUGCAAAUCAGUUUUUGUGCAAGCAACUCGUCGACGGUAACAUUUCCCAUCAGUCAGCUAUCGAUGAGUACACCCUGUGGGAAAAAAUGCGCGGACCCCCCGUUACCGAGUUCCUUUUCGAUCUCGAGACUCAGCGUCGUCUUGUCUGGAAUAACCGAAAGACCAUUGACCUUCGGGGUCGCGUCGGCUCAUCUCUGUGCACUUCUUUUAACACUAUCAUCACUGACUGGCGAUCUUUCGCAAAAGAAGCUAAAGAACGAAAGUACUGUGUUCCCAACAGUGUUAUUCGCCAUCAUCUUGCGGCUAUGAAGAACAUCCUGAUCGUUCUCGGUGCCGAUAAAGCUGUGAUGACUGGACUGUUUAAGCUGACCAGCUCUACUUUGCACUCAAUCGGUCCCCGUAAUACUUGCAAUGAAGAUGAUGAACUCGGUGCUCUUUUCGCGUCCUUCAAGGUCCCCAGACAAGACCGGCCAAUAUCCCGCUGCAACGAGCGUCGUUGUUACUCCCCCCGAAACUUUCAACCUUCUGUCCCUCAAUCUAUCAUCAAUCGACGUCCCAUCCACCGUUAG